AUGGAAGUUGGCUUCAGGUUCCGUAUGCCGCUACCAACAAUCCCUGCUUUCAGGUUCCGUGAGCCGCUACCAAAAAUCCCUGUUUCAGGUUCCGUAGGCCGCUACCUACACUCCCUGCUUUCAGGUUCCGUAGGCCGCUACCAACAAUCCCUGCUAUCAGGUUCCGUAAGCCUCUACCAACAACCACUGCUAUCAGGUUCCGUAGGCCGCUACCAACAGACCCUGCUAUCAGGUUCCGUAGCCCGCUACCAUCAAUCCCAUCUAUCAGGUUCCUUAGCCCGCUACCAACAAUCCCUGCUAUCAGGUUCCGUAGGCCGCUACCAACAAUCCCUGCUAUCAGGUUCCGUAGACCCCUACCAACAGACCCUGCUAUCAGGUUCCGUAAGCCCCUACCAACAGACCCUGCUAUCAGGUUCCGUAGGCCCCUACCAACAAUCCCUGCUAUCAGGUUCCGUAGGCCGCUACCAACAAUCCCUGCUAUCAGGUUCCGUAGGCCGCUACCAACAACCCCUGCUAUCAGGUUCCGUAGGCCCCUACCAACAAUCCCUGCUAUCAGGUUCCGUAGGCCGCUACCAACAAUCCCUGCUAUCAGGUUCCGAAGGCCGCUACCAACAAUCCCUGCUUUCAGGUUCCGUGAGCCGCUACCAACAACCCCUGCUAUCAGGUUCCGUAGGCCCCUACCAACAAACCCUGCUAUCAGGUUCCGUAGGCCGUUACCAACAAUCCCUGCUUUCAGGUUCCGUAGACCACCUCCAACAAUACCUGCUAACAGGUUCGGUAGGCCACCUCCAGCAAUUCCUGCUAUUAGGUUCAGUAGGCCGCUACCAACAAUCCCUGCUAUCAGGUUCCGUAGGCCCCUACCAGCAAUCCCUGCUAUCAGGUUCCGUAGGCCGCUACCAACAAUCCCCGCUAACAGGUUCCGUAGGCCGCUACCAACAAUCCCUGCUAUCAGGUUCGGUAGGCCGCUACCAACAAACCCUGCUAUCAGGUUCCGUAGGCCACCUUCAGUAA